GCUGGCUUAGUCACUCGCUAGUAGGUAGCCAGUAUACGGAAGCUGUGUCUGGUCUUGACGUACUCUGGCCAGCAGGACACACUGGGUCAGGAUAAGAAGAUUAUUACAGGAUUUCCUGACUGAGCAAAAUGCAGAGCACUGCAAAUUACCUCUGGCUGCUGUCAGAUAUUCUAGGACAAGGAGCUACGGCAAAUGUGUACCGUGGCCGUAAUAAGAAAACUGGCGAUCUCUACGCCGUAAAAGUGUUUAACAAUUUAAGCUUCCUGCGUCCAGCAGAUGUUCAAACGAGGGAAUUUGAAGUGUUAAAGAAACUCAACCACAAAAACAUUGUCAAACUCUUUGCGAUUGAGGAAGAGAUGUCGAGUGGGCACAAAGUUCUGGUGAUGGAAUUCUGUCCGUGUGCAAGCUUGUACUCUGUGUUAGAGGAGCCAUCUAAUGCGUACGGUUUGCCGGAAUCUGAGUUCCUAAAUGUGGCGCGUGACGUUGUGGCUGGAAUGAACCACCUCCGAGAAAAUGGAAUAAUUCACAGAGAUAUCAAACCGGGCAACAUCAUGAGGGUAAUCGGUGAAGAUGGAGAGUCCGUGUAUAAACUGACAGAUUUUGGUGCAGCUAGGGAAUUGGACGACGAUGAGCAGUUUGUAUCUCUGUAUGGAACGGAAGAGUACUUGCAUCCAGAUAUGUACGAACGUGCUGUACUUAGAAAAGACCAUCAAAAGAAGUAUGGUGCCACCGUAGAUUUAUGGAGCAUCGGUGUGACGUUUUACCAUGCAGCCACUGGUAGUCUCCCAUUUAGACCUUUUGAAGGACCUCGCAGGAACAAAGAAGUCAUGUAUAAAAUAAUCACAGGAAAACCAUCUGGUGCCAUAUCUGGCGUUCAGAGAGCAGAAAAUGGUCCGAUAGAAUGGAGCUGGGAUAUGCCAUUUAGUUGUAGUUUAUCCUUUGGUUUGCAAUCAUUAUUCUCUCCGGUUCUUGCAAACAUUCUUGAAGCAGAUCAGGAGAAGUGCUGGGGUUUUGAACAGUUCUUUGCAGUGACCAGUGAUAUAUUCUGUCGCAUCGUGAUCCACGUGUUCUCUCUUCAGCAGAUGACGCUGCAUAAGAUAUACAUCCAUGCAUAUGACAAUGCCUCAGAAUUCCAUGACCUCAUUUACAAGCAGACGAAGAUCCCAUCACAGAAUCAAGAGUUGUUAUUUGAAGGAAGGAGACUGGAACUUGAGCCAGACAGGCAGGCACAUCAGUUCCCCAUCACCUCAGAGGAAAACCCAAUAUUUGUCAUUACCAGUGAGAUGGUGACCAUGAUUGGCUUGCGAUAUGAGGAAAUCUUGUUACCGAAAUUUUAUUUAUCAUAUGAUUUGGAUGCUGAUGCCACAGCGUCAAAGGCAAUAACCGGAAUUGUGUGCUACUACUGUAGGAUUACGUCAUCACUGCUGCUCGGACAAGAGCUCAUGCGCAAAGGAAUACGUUGGCUAAUUGAACUGAUGAAAGAGGAAUACAAUGAAACGGUCCACAAGAAUACAAAAGUCACUCUUAAGUUUAACUUCUGCAACAAAACCAUAGAAAAAGACCUAAAAAUAUAUGAACAUGUGGCCAAUGUUGAAUCAGAACUGUAUGAAAUUCACUCCAAGCUGCUACGUCUUUCAAGUUCACAAGAAAAUCUGAAAUCAUCAUUACAAGACAUACAGAAUAAAUUAUCUCCCGGGGGGCUCCUGUCAAACUCCUGGCUCAAAGUUGAUGGCACACACCAUUCUGACAGAAAUAUUGAGAAGUUGCAAGUACUACUGAGCUUAGUCACCGAAAUCUGCUGUCAGUUCAAGAAGGACAAAGCACAGAGAAGGCUUAUGUAUAAUGAAGAGCAGAUACACAAGUUUGACAAGCAGAAAUUAUUCUUACAUGCAAAAAAAGCCACUUCGCUCUUCAAGGAUGAAUGUGUGUCAAAAUAUGACAUAUUCCGCAGCAAGUCGCAGGAUUGGAUGAGGCAAAUGAUUGUUCUAAGGAAACAGCUGCUAACCAUCACCAACCAAUGCUUUGACAUUGAAAAAGAAGUUACAAAGUGCCAGCAUUACAUAGAAGAGUUUCAAGAAACGAUUCCACCGAAGAUGUUUGCUUCACCCACCGAUAUGAAGGCUGCAGCCAAUCCAAUCUAUUCCAGUCCCAACACAUUGGUGGAGAUGACACUUGGAAUGCGGAAGUUAAAAGAAGAGAUGGAAGGCGUUGUCAAAGAGCUAGCUGAAAAUAAUCACAUUUUGGAACGGUUUGGCGCUCUGGGCAUGAAUAGCAGCUUUACGAACGUGGAUUGCAUUUAGUGACCGCCUUUAUCUGUGCGUGGCAAGCUGUGAACAGUGGAACCUUACAAAGGUGGCAGCACAUUGGAACUUCAGUAUCAUUCGAUCUAAUUUUCCCCAGUGCCAGAAUUUGUGUUUGUAAAUACAUGUAUCAUAUUUUGAUUAUGUAGAAAUAUGCCAGGUUCUUUUCGAUCUGUAUCUUUUGUUGUUAAACUAGUUGUUUUUUUAUGUAUUGGUAAAAAAUGCUAUGGAAUUCCCCUCGGUAUUCUGUAUAUAGAAAUUUGUAAAGGAGAUCUGCUUCUUAAUCAUUGUAAGGAAAUUCUUAGUAAAGAAACAUAAUAAUAAUUUCCUAGUAUUCACAGAAAAUUGCACUUUAUUUGAAAUUGAACCCAAGAUUUAAGGCCAUGAGCACAUACUUCUAUUUAACACUUUAACUGCCUGUAUCUAUGCCUGACAGUCAUUUGUUUUAAUUAAUAACUGUAGUGCGCAGGAAAAUGUAAAUACGGCUGCGUUUAAGAUUCCUGCUUUUUUUUUUUUUUUUAGUUCUCUCUCUGUAAUCUAAGAAUCUUUUUAUCGGCUUUGUAAUCAGUUCCACAUUCUAUGUUUUACUCUAUGCUCUGUCUGUCUGCUGAUAAACAUUUUAUAGCAUAUAAAUACAGUAAGCGCUGCUUUGUUCCUAAAAUACGGUCAGUCUAUCGGCACAGGGAAAGAAGUCGCAUUUUACUUUCAGAGUACCGUAGUAGCGACACACUGUUAAAGUAUUUGACUGAUGGUCAGAGCCUGUCCUGCCGACACUCACUCAGCUUUACCAAGCUUCAGUGAGACAAACAAAACUUAAAACCUCCAUAUAUUUAAAGGACACUAUAGGCAUGUAACUGCUUCACCUCAUUGAAGUGGCUGCAGUGUCUGGAAUCCCCUGAUGCCAUCCUUCAAUUCCGCAAUAAACCUGUUUUGAUGGUUAAAAGAAAAAUGUCCCAAGAUUCCAUGCUAUCCGUGCUGCUUGGGCUAUUGAGGAAGCAUUGGCGUGCGCUGCAGUGGGUGGCUGUUAUUGGCUGAGAGUGUUAGAUGACAGGUUUAAUUAGGUUACAGUGCCAAUUGCUGGUAUGAAUUGGUUUGUCACAAGGAAUUACGUAAUCUCUGCCUUAGUCAUAGCUUUAGUAGGGUCUGUGGGUGGCCAUGUAUCCUUAUUUAGUAUUGAACUGCUCGAAAAGGACAUUGGGGAGUAGUGUCAGGGGACUCUAUAUAAGCACUAUAACUAUUAAAUGAAUGCAGUUACAGUGCCUGCAAUGUUCCUUUAAUGCCAGACUCCUGGCCAUGAAGAGAGGUCAUUCACUCUUCAUAGACAGUUCUGUAACAUAAUCUACUUCAGGUAUUUCACACAUGGUUUUUAGACAGAACCCAGCUUAUCUUGGACACGAUGGCCUUCUGACAGCCAGAUACUUUGCUAAACCUUACUAAAUAGGUCCCUCGACUACUACACAGCAACAAACAUUCGCAUUAGAUAUAUGCCCUCUACAGGAGUCAAUUCCUCAAGAGCACUUAUGAGCUGUCAAACCUCAUACCAACAUACUUGACCCUAUGUAGCGAUUAUACCCAACAUGCAGAGUGUACAUUUUCCAGAAAGAUAGACAGAGAAAAGGUCCCUAAACCGGUCCUUCGAAUGGCCAGAUAGAAUAGAAUAAAAUAAAAAUGUCCGAUCAAGCCAAGGUCCACGAAAGCCAGAAAAUCCCAGAACCAGAGAAACAGAUUAGUCAAGAGGAAGCCGGGUCAAUACCAAACUACAAACAAAGGUAUGCACUAUUGGGACACAUUGAAAUUCUAGGAAACCCAACAUGGCACUGUGCCUUUGAUUUUAUAUGUUUAGGGGCGUGGCUAGCAUAACCAUGCCCAAAAACAUAAGAGUUAAUUGAGCUCUAGUCCUUAGAGCUCUAUUGAUUCAUGAAGCCGGCUUGCGUGCACCGCAUCAUAAAAAGGGCCGCCGUCCCGGAGGCUGACUGAAGCAAAUAAAACCCUAAAGUGAAUUUGAAGUGAAUUGGAAAAAUUCUCCAAAUCCGCUACCCUUCCAGUUUGGCUACUUUGGCCUUAAAGCAGUGCUGUCAUCGUCUGGGGUCUUGGCAUGUUAACUACUCCACUUGGUUUGCACAAGAGUUCAACACUGAUGUCUAUGGAGGAGUCUGCAAUACCGCAGGACUCUCCAUAGACAGAGCCCUUUUCCCCUCAGCCAUCCUUAAUCACAGCAGUACUUCAGCCUUUUAGUCAAGCUUCAGAAAAAUACAUAAGCCAAAGUAGACCCUCAUAUCUUUUCACUCUGUUGGGAUUCAAACAAAGUCUUUGGGAACAUUUCAUAAAGAUUUUCUGGAUUAUUUAUUAAAGUGAGAAAUGAUGUAUGUUCCUCUACUCCUCCAUCCCCAUCAAUAAACAUUGA